UGAAAAAUGUUUUUGUUUGCUUUUAGGUUUUUUGCUUUUUAAAGAUUUUUGUUUAAAUGAAAUUGAUGAAGCUGUCCCUCAGGUGAAGUUUUAUGAAGAGAUAAAAGAAUAUGAAAAGCUCGAUUCUGAAGAAAAGCGCCUCUGUAAGAGUAAGCACAUUUAUGACACGUUCAUAAUGAAGGAGCUUCUGUCUUCUUCCCAUGUAUUCUCAAAGAAAGCUGUAGACCAUGUUCAAACUCAUCUAGCCAAGAAAAAAGUGCCCUCAAACCUUUUUCAGCCAUACCUAGAAGAAAUUUGUGAUAGUCUUCGGGGCAACAUAUUUCAAAAAUAUAUCGAAAGUGACAAGUUCACUAGAUAUUGUCAGUGGAAAAAUGUAGAGCUAAAUAUCCAUUUGACCAUGAAUGAUUUCAGUGUACAUAGGAUAAUCGGACGAGGAGGAUUUGGUGAAGUAUAUGGUUGCAGAAAAGCAGACACUGGAAAAAUGUAUGCCAUGAAAUGCCUGGAUAAAAAGAGGAUCAAAAUGAAACAAGGAGAAACCUUGGCCUUAAAUGAGAGGAUCAUGUUGUCCCUUGUUAGCACAGGGGAUUGUCCUUUCAUUGUGUGUAUGACCUAUGCCUUCCACACCCCCGACAAGCUGUGCUUCAUCCUGGACCUGAUGAAUGGGGGAGAUUUGCACUAUCAUCUCUCACAGCACGGGGUGUUUUCUGAAAAGGAAAUGAAGUUCUAUGCUGCUGAAAUCAUCCUGGGCUUAGAGCACAUGCACAACCGUUUUGUUGUUUACAGAGAUUUGAAGCCUGCAAAUAUCCUUUUGGAUGAAUAUGGACAUGUGAGGAUAUCAGAUCUUGGGCUUGCCUGCGAUUUUUCCAAAAAGAAACCACAUGCUAGUGUUGGAACCCAUGGAUAUAUGGCUCCUGAGGUGCUCCAGAAGGGGACGGCGUAUGACAGCAGUGCUGACUGGUUCUCUCUCGGCUGUAUGCUCUUCAAGCUUCUACGGGGUCACAGCCCUUUCAGACAACACAAAACCAAAGACAAGCACGAAAUCGACCGGAUGACACUCACCGUGAAUGUGGAACUUCCAGAUGCAUUUUCCCCUGAAUUAAAAUCCCUUUUGGAAGGAUUGCUACAAAGAGAUGUUAGCCAGCGACUUGGCUGCCUGGGAAAUGGUGCAGAGGAAGUAAAAAGCCACAUAUUUUUCAAAGGAGUCGACUGGCAGCAUGUCUACUUACAGAAGUAUCCUCCACCACUGAUCCCUCCCCGAGGUGAGGUAAAUGCGGCAGACGCUUUCGAUAUUGGCUCAUUUGAUGAAGAGGACACCAAAGGCAUCAAGUUGCUUGAUUGUGAUCAGGAGCUUUACAAGAACUUCCCUUUGGUAAUAUCAGAACGCUGGCAGCAAGAGGUGGCCGAGACAGUCUAUGAUGCCGUCAAUGCCGAGACCGAUAAGAUUGAGGCCAGGAAACGGGCUAAAAAUAAGCAGCUCGGCCAUGAAGAAGAUUAUGCUUUAGGGAAAGACUGUAUUUUACAUGGAUACAUGUUGAAACUGGGAAAUCCAUUUCUGACGCAGUGGCAACGUCGUUAUUUUUACCUCUUUCCAAACAGACUGGAGUGGAGGGGAGAGGGAGAAUCUCGGCAAAACCUAGUGACCCUGGAGCAGGUCGUGUCAGUGGAAGAAACUCAGAUUAAAGACAAGAAAUGCAUUUUGCUGAGGGUAAAAGGAGGGAAACAAUUGGUCCUACAGUGUGAGAGUGACCCCGAGUAUGUGCAUUGGAAAAAAGAGUUGAUAGAGACCUUCACAGAGGCUCAGCGGUUAUUGCGCCGGGCUCCCAAGUUCCUCAACAAGCCUCGGCCGGCCGUCGUCGAGCUGUCGAAGCCUCCUCUCAGCCACAGAAAUAGCAACGGCCUUUAAUGGCGACGGACGCUUCGGAGACGCCAUCACUCCCUCCCCUUGAUGAGCUCACAAAGUACU